CACCAAAGUCUCGCGAUAACAGAGACACCCCCUCCCGCCGGUGACGUGUGUCUACGCUGCAGAAGCCGCUAUCAGAGCUCGGUCGCUGGGAAGUGGGAAGAGGCCGGUUACAAGUUGAAACCAGAAACACUAUCUUUGUCAGAGCAUCAUGCCAGAGCUAACAGGGAAGGUCCAGACGGUCCUGGGUCUGGUGGAUCCAGACCAGCUGGGCCGCACCAUGACCCACGAGCACCUGACCAUGAGCUUUGAGUGCUGCUACGUCCCUCCUCCCCCUGGUGACGAGGCAGCGCCAGAGAACCCCUUCCAAAUACAGCACAUGCACUGGCUCCGGCAGAACCCCUACAGCUCGCACGAAAACCUGCUGCUGAACAGGGACGUGGCCGCUGUGCGCGACGAGCUGCUGGCUUACAGGAAGGCUGGUGGUGGCUCGAUCGUGGAGAACACCACAACGGGCAUAGACCGAGACGUGGUGACCCUCAGGGAGCUGGCUAAAAGCACUGGGGUCCACAUCGUUGCAGGAGCUGGCUUCUAUGUGGACUGCACCCACACCGAGGCCACCAAGGCAAUGAGUGUGGAGAAGCUCACAGAUAUCAUGGUCAGCGAGGUGCUUCAUGGUGCCGAUGGCACAGACAUCCGCUGUGGUGUGAUCGGAGAGAUCGGCACCAGCUGGCCCAUCACCGACAGCGAGAAGAAGGUGCUGAAGGCCACAGCUCACGCUCAGGCUCAGCUGGGGUGUCCCGUCAUCAUCCACCCCGGCAGGGAUCCUGCUGCUCCGCCACAGAUUGUCCGGAUUCUCCAGGAAGCAGGUGGUGACAUCAGCAAAACAGUCAUGUCUCACCUGGACAGGACGAUACUUGAUGAAGGUGAACUGCUUGAGUUUGCUAAUCUGGGCAGUUACCUGGAAUACGACCUGUUUGGAACAGAGAUGCUGAACUACCCGUUCAACCUGGAGGUGGACAUGCCCAGUGACAGCCAGAGAGUCCAGACCUUGGCGUUUCUGGUCAAGGAGGGCUACGAGGACAAAAUACUGGUCGCACAUGACAUCCACACCAGGAACCGCUUGACCCAGAACGGUGGCCACGGCUACUCCCACAUCCUGAAGAACAUUGUGCCAAAGAUGCUGACGAGGAGCAUCUCACAGCAUCAGGUGGAUAAGAUCCUCAUCCACAACCCGAAGCGCUGGCUCACCUUCAAAUAAGGCAGAACGAGACUAAUGGCAGCGAUUCUGGUGAAGCUGUUUUGCUCCAAUGAAGAAGCGAGCGCUCUACAAUACAAGCGUUUAAAUCUUUGCAAUAAUUUCAGUCUAGAGUAAAUCAGGUGCUAUUACUCUAAUAACCAGUAAGUUUGGGGAUUAUUUGCAUAAAUGUGUCAAUUGAAGAUUAGAUUAAAAAUCUAAAUGUUUAGAAAAGUUGUCUUUAAAAAAUUCCACACGCAGAUAAUAAAACGCCAUCUAGGACAAUGCUUUAUUUUCUAUCCUCUGGAGCUUGUCGCUACAGUGACGCUCAAAGGCAUUAUGCUAAUUGAAUUUUUUGACUUUUGUACUGUAGUUACUUCUUUGUAUUUCAUAAGUGACAUGCCAGAUUGCUAAUCACAGUGCAGUUGUAUCAGAUGCACAUGUAACACUCACUUUUACUGUUCUCCUAAAAUUCAUAUUUUACCUGCUUAGAGAGAACAAUUUUUAGAUGAUAAAACUUUGACUUAA